UUCGAGCCAACAACAUCCUUGCAUUUUUCUCCAAAACUUUAAACAAUAAUUUCUUAUCAGUUCUUAUCAAGGGUUUCUCUUGAAAAUGCGAGUUUCCUUUGUGUGAUAUAUAUGACUGUAGUCUUUUGUGUUAUUAAGCAGAUCGGGCUGUAUCGCUCGUCUCCGAGAAGGAAUGAGUUCCCAUAUUAAUAUCGACGACAAGCGAUUGUUGCUGAAAGAAGUUUUGAGUCGAGAUCUAAAGGCGGCAGAUCUUCGACUAUCGUUGUUCGUAGCCGCUGCCAGGUCUUUCAAGUACGAUUCUUGUCUGCAACCCUUUCCGCCAGAUUACCUCAUCAACGGCGAAAAGAAUAUUGAUGAGCUGAAACAAAUUUUAGAUGAAUUACCCAAAUUGGAUACCCUAAAUCUGAUUGAGUUAAAGGACAAAACCGUAUCCUUGCUACAUUGGAUUUUGUGCAAACACUCGGGACCUCGGUUGCGAACUGUUCCAAAAUCUGAGUAUGAUUCGGUGUUUGCUAAUGCUCCUUGCCUGACCGCGUUUCAAAGGCCUCAGUGGAUAUUUCAUGUACAGUACCAAGAUGACUCACAUUCGGAGAGGAUGUUUCGCGAGAAUCUGGAUUGCUUUCAGACUCACCAUGCAUACCACGGUAGUAAGGUGUUCAAUUUUUACUCUAUACUGAACUAUGGCCUACAGCAGCACCUAAACAAGACUGCCUUAUUCGGUGAAGGAAUCUACCUGUCGGCAGAGCUGAACGUUAGUCAAAUGUUUGCUCCGACUGGUGCCGGUUGGUCCAGAUCGGUACUAGGAAGUCACCUCGCCUGUACUGCACUUUGUGAGUACAUCGAUAAUCCUGCCUAUGUCAAAUGUCAGGAGGAAAACCAAAGCACAUCAAAUAUACCGGAGAGAUAUAUUCUAGUUAAGAAUAAUGACCUUAUUCAGGUGAGGUAUUUGCUGGUGUAUGGUAGUAAGCGGAUAGUUGGUCCCGUUGGCACAGCGAUCGGUCUGAACAGCGGAGGACUACGGGGAUCGACGUUGGAGCAACGGGCAAAACAGGUUGCUCCAAAUCGCUGUCUGAGGUGGAUGGCAGCCAACCAAAGUUGGCUGCUUGCAGGUGGGUAUUUUCUUAUGCUACUGGGCAUUGGGAUGAUGAACAGCAGGAAUGCACAUUAUAUGAAGCAGAUGUUCUGGCAGAAGAUUAAUCAUAUGUGCAAUGCGUUGUUUGGCGGCGUUGCCGAGGGAGAUACGUGAGCGAUGGAUAUCUUGGACAACAAACGGAUCAUGGGCAAUGUAGUACAAGCGGUGAGGCGCAAGGGGUUAGAUUGAAUAAAAAUGUUCAACUGAU